CUCGUCCUGUCUUGUGGCAGACAUGUUGUCGUGGAGGGACUUUCCGUUAAAAAAACAUGAUAAAAAACUAGUUUCGGUUUCGGUCUCGGUCACAGUCGAGGCUCGGUCGGUGUCUGAGCCGCUCGCCGGUCUGAAGCUCUUACCUCGACAUAUUUAGUUUGUUUGAGUCGUUUUAAAUCCAUCAGACGUUCAGCACAUCCAAGCUGACAUCGAGAGGACAUAUCCUGUGAAUGAUGCAGAAAAUGAGCUACUUCUUCCCUCUGCUCUUCGUGUGCCUGGAUGUGUGCGUGGUGCGCGCCAUCCGCCUCGCCCAGCUCUCCCCUCUCCUGCUCUCCCAUCCGUUCAUCGUCCUGUGGGGGGGAGGUUUGACCAGGGCCGCCCUCCUCGCCGUCCUCACCCACACGUACUCCGAAAACCUGCCGUGGAUGAGCAGCUUCAAGGGGCUGCAGCGUUUAGUCGUGCUUUGCUUCCACUUCCCGGUGUACAUCACUCUUCUGUGGGCGCUGGGGCAGUCGGCCACGGAGGAACUGUGGGGGUGGCACUCCUGGGAAAGGGUGUUACAGGGAUAUGUUGUGACAUUGGUGGCAUGGCUCUACUGGAGCCGAUACGUGUCGUCUCUUUUGCUCUCUUGGGGUCGUUACAUCUCGAAUCUGUUGAAGAGGACGCCGUCUAAGAAGGCCGAGGACGACAAAAGCGGCGUAAUUCUGAAGCGACUGAUCGGAUACAUGCAGCCGCAUCGUUGGCGUUUUGCUGCUGUGCUGGUUCUGGUUGUCGUCUCUUCUUAUGGUGAGAUGGCCAUUCCUCAGUACACUGGUCGUGUGGCUGACUGGAUCUUAAACGAAGAGGAGCCUGAUGCAUUCACAGAGGCCAUCAGAGUCAUGACCAUAAUGACUAUUGGCAGUGCUGUGCUGGAGUUCAUCUGUGACCUCAUGUACAACAUCACCAUGAGCCUCAUACACACCUCGGUGCAGGGGUUCGUCUUCCGAGCUGUGCUCAAACAGGAGAUUGGAUUCUUUGACGCCACAUCGACAGGUGAACUGGUGUCCCGCAUCACCACGGAUACCAACGAUAUGAGUGAGGCGCUGAGUGAGAAGCUAAGCCUUGUCAUGUGGUACACGGCACGUUUUGGCUUCCUCUUAUUCUUCAUGGUGAGCCAGUCAUGGAAGAUGACCCUGCUCACUUGCAUGGGACUGCCCAUCAUCUGGGUCAUACCUGAGCUCACUGGACACUUCCACCAGACUAUUGCUGCAAAGGUACAGGCUUCACUGGCCAAAGCCAACCAGGUGGCCACAGAGACGUUCUCCUGCAUGAAGACAGUGAGGAGUUUUGCCAAUGAGGACGGUGAGACGGAGAGAUACAGACUGCAGCUGGACGACACUUACGCCCUGAACAAAAAGGAAGCAGCAGCCUAUGCAGCCUCUACCUGGGCUAACAGCAUGGCCACUUUGGCCCUGAAGGUGUGUAUUCUGUACUAUGGAGGAACGCUUGUGACCAGGGGCGGAGUUAGCAGUGGAGACCUGGUGUCCUUCGUCCUCUAUGAGCUACAGUUUGCCUCUGCUGUUGAGGCUGUCAUGCAUUAUUAUCCGGCGGUGAAGAAGGCGAUUGGUGCCUCUGAGAAGAUCUUUGAAUAUAUGGAUCGGGAACCUAAAGUACCCACACCGGGCAGUUUGGCCCCUCAAAAUCUUGUGGGACACAUUCAAUUCCAAAACGUUACAUUUUCCUAUUCUGAUGAAAACAACUCUGUGCUCAAGGACGUGUCUCUGGAGAUGAAGCCGGGCAAAAUCACUGCUCUCGUGGGACUCAACAGAUCAGGAAAGUCUACCUGUGUCAAGCUGCUAGAGAGAUUUUACCAGCCUCAGAAAGGAGAGAUCCUACUGGAUGGGAAACCACUACAAAGCUAUAAAGACCAGUACCUACAUGACAAGAUUGCUGUGGUGAGCCAAGAUUGCGUGCUGUUCGCUCGCUCCGUGCGGGAGAACAUCAAAUACGGCUACGAGGAUGCCUCUGAUGAGGACAUGUACGAGGCUGCCAGGCUGGCUAGUGCCCACGAGUUCAUCACGGAGCUGUCCAAAGGAUACGACACAGAUGCUGGUGAGAAGGGAGGCCAGGUGUCUGGAGGCCAGAAGCAGCGCAUUGCCAUCGCCAGAGCUUUAAUCAGACGACCCAAAAUCCUGAUACUGGACAACGCCACCAGUGACCUGGACACAGAGAAUGAAUACCAGGUCCACAGAGCUCUGUUAAACCAAGCCAACAACUGCACCAUGCUGCUGAUAUCCAACAAGAUGAGCGUUGUAGAGAAGGCCGAUCAUAUAAUCGUCCUCGACGAAGGGACGGUAAAGGAGGAGGGCGGUCAUGAUGAGCUGCUGGAGCACGGCGGCCUUUAUGCUGAACUGGUGCAGAAGCAGAACAUGGGCUUUCACCGCAAAGAAGAGGAGGAGAAGAACGACACAAACUGAGGACGGCGGUUGCCAUCAAGCCGGGGGAAGCACUCCAGUUGGAAGUUUGCUGAUUAAAUGUUCAGACUUCAAAAGGUCAAAACUCCAGCAAUACUUGUUCUAUAAAUAACAACUUCAUUGUGAAACCACAUUGUGCCACAAGUGUUGCUAGAGUUUAGGCCCAUUGAGAACAUCUCCCUUCUCUGUUCGGAAGAAGGUGAGGUUGUACUUGAAGACACACUUGAAGAGUGUAAUUAUAUAUCAUCAUUUUGUAUGUUUUCUGUAAAAUUGUCAGAUUUUACAUAUUACAUAUAAAGGUAUUUCAUCACGUUGAUGCGAAGCAUCGUCAAAAUCUUGCUCAUUGAUUUGCAACAUCACUCACAAAAGUCUAAAACCAAUUUUUGUAUUUAUCAUAUCGACCAACCCUACAGUUCAUACUUGUCAGCUCCCACAUGCCUAUGGAUGUGAAUGAAGACAUUCAUCGUGGUCAUACUUUUUUUUCACUUUGCAAACCAAAAAAUCAGCAGCUUUAGAUUUUAGGUAUCCUAAAUAUAAUAAUAUUAAAGAUCACGUGUUUCUAAAUGCUUUUGUUGUUUGUAUUUUUAAUAUUUGUCCUUUUUUUUUGCACUUUUCUCUUGUAUUGUUGAUUCUGCUACACUGACUGACUACUCUGUUUCCCACCCUAGAGUUUCCACAAUAAAUCUUUUGAAUUAA